AUGCAUAAAGGAGUGGUUUUGUUGAGUAUAAGGAUCCCCCAAGGGAAGGUUAAACGAGUGCUCAUUAGAGCAGAGGGGAAAAAGCACACAGGCAACUAUGUUAGUGAGGAGGAUAAUGCAAAAUGGAGAGGAAAAUAUCGCAAUAAGUUGGAGAUGGUGGGGAAAUGUCUGUGUGAGGGUUUUCCUCUUGUUGUAUCUUUUUGUCAAGGUGAGUCAUGUGUCUGGCCUGAUGAUGUAAAACCCAGGAGAAUGCUAUGCGGGGUUAUGAAUCCAUGGUGGACAGAGUUUAUCAUAGACACUAGGGAGCUGGAAGAAGGAGUCCAAAAAUUAACGGAGGAGGUAAGAUAUAACGACACCUCGGAAGACGAUGAAGAAGUUAUUGUUUCCAUGGAGUUAAUAAACAGGAAUAUUGCAGCGUUCCUAAGGAUCAACAAGAAAGCCAUACGAAAAUGGUAUAAAGAAUGCCUAAGUGCAAAGUCUAGAUAUUGGCAAAUAAAAAUGAACUUUUGGAAACGGUUCAAAAUGUAUACAUGGUUGGAAUUGUUUUUUGGAGAAAAAACGAGAGGAGUAGAUGACAUGUGGAAAAAUAAAAUGUGGUUAAUUUGGUUCACGUACAUUGAUAGGAUGAUGUGGAUAGAAGAUGUUGAAGAUACAAAUGAAUUUAAGAAAAAAAUAAAAAAGUGUUACUCGUACAUUUAUAUCCGGGAUAGUUACACGAGGAAGAAGAGGCACUUUAGAAAAGUGAAGCAGAAGAAGAUUGUGAAUGCAUGGAAUCAAUUUCUAGAUUCUUAUAUGAACAAGUGGGAAAAGGAGAGAAAGAACAUGGCGAUGAGAAAGUGCACGGCGAGGAAGAAGCAGAAUUUGACGAAACAACCUGUGAAGAAGAGGACGAAGGUCGUUCCCACGUCGUUACCCAUCCCGCGGAGACAAGAUCUUCUGGAGAAUCGUGACGAUGACCACAUUGGCAAUGGAAAUAGCACUGACGGUAUCAUUCGUGGAAGCAUUGAUAGUAGCGUAUUUUUUAAUAGCCUGAGCAAGAAGACGAGGACAGGGUUGAAGGAAAACCCGUCAAGCAAGAGGGCUGCGACAAAAACGCGGCCAAGGAAAUCUGUGCCUACCAAAAUGAAGGUAGCUGAAAAUCGGGCGCACAGAAAGGGGGCUACCAAAAUAGCCGCGGACAAAAGCGCCUCCACACCAAAGAAGCGAAAGGUAAAUGAACGAAGACUACCUGCCCCACCAUCUAUCUGCUAUGCGUUGCGGCAAAUGGACAAACUUGGCGUCCUUGCAACUUUCCCUAAGUGUAACCGGCGUAAAACACCUCUAGAAUAG